AUGUAUUGUUGUUUGCUCCCAUUAAUUCAAAAACCUUUGAAGUUAUCUGAGGUGAGUUAUGUUGAUAUUCUAGAGCAAAGUGAUUUUUCUUUACUUAAUUUGUUUUAUGUUUCAGGAUGGUGUAAACAAAAGGUGGAAAUUUUAAGCAGAAAAAUCUGCUGGUGUAGUAGCUUUAUAAACAAAUGUCAAAAAUCAUGUGAAAUA